CGCAGUACCCUCUAAGGCGGCUAUAAAAACAAGGGCACACCACUCUUCAUUUCCAAGUGCUGAGUGAUAGUUUAGCUAGCGGAAGGAAAAGAUCAAAGUCCCAUCAAGUUGCUUUUUCUAAUCAGAGGUCCUCAUACUGUUUAAACAUGAACACCGUCACCACGGCAAGGUCAUCUGGCUCAAGGAUUCACCUCCUGGUCAUCAUCUUCUGUGUCCACACCCUCGCUAGAUCUGUUUCCGGUAACAGCCAAAAUCUCCCCGCCAACAAAGCAGCAGAUCCUGGUAUUCCAAACCUGACCUCAGAAAACUCAGCAGAUAAAAGGUUCAUCGAUUCCAUUUCGGGGGACGUUUUCAAGAAAAGUUUGGACAAAAAGUUCAUCGAUUCAAUAUCCGGUGAUGUUUUCAAGAAAAGCUUAGACAAAAAGUUCAUCGACUCCAUUUCGGGGGAUGUUUUCAAGAAAAGUUUAGACAAAAAGUUCAUCGACUCUAUUUCUGGGGAUAUUUUCAAGAAAAGUUUAGACAAAAAGUUCAUUGAUUCGAUUUCCGGUGAUGUUUUCAGAAAGAGCUCAGACAAAAGAUUUAUAGAUUCCAUAUCAGGUGAUGUUUUCAAAAAACGCUCAGAAAAAAGGUUCAUUGAUUCUAUAUCUGGGGACGUCUUUAGAAAACGUUUCUUAGGAUCAUGGCCUGACGUGUAUGGCCCAAGUCGGGCCGGCCCCAUGGGUCAAGCUGGUUCCCCGGAGUCUGAUAUGGACGCCAACAAUAACGACUAUGCAAGUGCAGAAUCCGGCAUAGCUAGCGGAAGUAGCUCACACGAUUACGAUUACUUGACCGAUACUACCGGAAAUCGCCCGGUGGAAAGUAGCGAGGCUGGGGAGUAUCCGAACCAACACCCUAGAGUAUCGACGAAAAAUGUCAAAGUUUUCAAGUUCAACGAUUCCUUCAACAAGAACAUUCCACGAUCACAAAUAAAAUACAUGGAUCACAAAAGAAUACUUGACGACGUUGGGAGUUCUUUACUGAAACGACAGUUGGAUGACUUGGGAAGUUCUUUGUUAAAAAGAGAAGACAAGCGCAAUCUAGAUGACUUAGGAAGUUCGUUAUUAAAACGAAAUUUAGAUGACUUAGGCAGUUCAUUGUUAAAACGCGAAGACAAACGCUAUUUAGAUGACUUAGGCAGUUCUUUAAUAAAAAGGGAAGACAAACGCUAUUUAGAUGACUUAGGCAGUUCAUUGAUAAAAAGGGAAGACAAACGCUAUCUAGAUGACUUAGGAAGUUCUUUGAUUAAAAGAGAAGACAAACGCUAUUUAGAUGACUUAGGCAGUUCUUUAAUAAAAAGGGAAGAUAAACGCUAUUUAGAUGACUUAGGCAGUUCAUUGAUAAAAAGGGAAGACAAACGCUAUUUAGAUGACUUAGGCAGUUCAUUGAUAAAAAGGGAAGACAAACGCUAUCUAGAUGACUUAGGCAGCUCUUUAAUAAAGAGAGAAGACAAACGCUACUUAGAUGACUUAGGCAGUUCUUUAAUAAAAAGGGAAGACAAACGCUACUUAGAUGACUUAGGCAGUUCAUUGAUAAAAAGGGAAGACAAACGCUACUUAGAUGACUUAGGCAGCUCUUUAAUAAAAAGGGAAGACAAACGCUACUUAGAUGACUUAGGCAGCUCUUUAAUAAAAAGGGAAGACAAACGCUACUUAGAUGACUUAGGCAGUUCAUUGAUAAAAAGGGAAGACAAACGCUACUUAGAUGACUUAGGCAGUUCAUUAAUAAAAAGGGAAGACAAACGCUACUUAGAUGACUUAGGCAGUUCAUUGAUAAAAAGGGAAGACAAACGCUACUUAGAUGACUUAGGCAGCUCUUUGCUUAAACGAGACGAUAAACGCAAUCUAGAUGACUUGGGAAGUUCAUUGUUAAAACGACAUUUAGAUGACUUGGGCAGCUCUCUGAUAAAAAGAGAAGACAAACGCUACCUAGAUGACUUAGGGAGCUCUUUGAUCAAGAAAAACACAUACGAAACAACAUACGGAAAACAAACAGUGAACAAUCAACAUCAUGGUGCUCAAACACAUUACGCGAAGUCACCAAAAUCUGCACACUCUCCCGAACUGGAGCUCACCUCCUUACACAAACCAAAACCCAACUCAGACUCUUUCAGCCAUCUUGAAAACAGCCACGCCCCCGGCGCUGCAGACGGCGGCCAUGUUAACCCAGAUAAAAGGCAUCUGGACGAUCUUGGAAGUUCCUUAAUUAAAAAACGCAACGCCGGAGAAGAUGGAAAAAACAACCAGAAACGGGCUCAUGAGGUGACAGAUGACAUCCUGAACGGUUCAGUCAGUCCUGGGAAGAUGACAUCUGGCAUGACAUCUGGCGUGACAUCGGCACACAAGGACAAAGCCGCUUCCAGAGAUUCCCAGAACGACCAACUUUCUCGGAAGCGUCGUGACGUCACUGUCCUAGCAUUUGGUCGCCCACGGAUAAACUCACGUCCUAAACGGCUCGCAGCUUCCAUCGGUCACAUCACUAUCGGCAGUGGACCAGGUCGUCGUUACACUACCCCAGCACGUCACGUCAGCGAUGCCAGAAUUCCAUACCUCCGUGACGUCACAUCCGGAUCUGACGACAACCAGAACGCCAACACCAUCCUGGGCCGCGACGCCCAGGUGGUGCUGCGUGAGCUGGAGGAUGUGUACUCACGGUACUCACGAGACCCGGAAGUCUCAGAAAUAGCGUCAGAGGUCUUCAGCACCGGGGGAGUCUUCAAGGACCAGGAGAUCAGCGAUGCCCUCACGGCAGGGUUACACAGAGAGUACCUGCGGAGUCUGGGGGAGCUGAUAGAGAGGAGCCUGCAAGAUCAGGUGGACAAGAGGAGAGAGACGCUGGGAGCUGGGGAGACAGGGAGGGCAGGAGGAAUGCCGACUCUAGGGACGUGGAGCGAUUCUCCCGUUGACCGAGAGGACGCUGUAUUUCUCGGACGUACGGUCAAUUAUAACAGAGAUUUUAAUGAUGGACGUCAGAAAAAACAAUCUCUGGUACCACCUUCAAACGAUGCUCAGAUACAGGAGGAACUGAUAGCCGUACACAGGCCCGUCAUCUACAAAACACAGCCCGACCAGCAGCCAAUCAGAUUCACUCAGCUCCACAAGCAGCCAAUCGUGUUCAAGCAACUUCAUACCCAGCCAAUGGGGCUCAAGCAAUUCCGUAAACAGCCAAUGGUAUUUAAGCACCAGCAACCAAUGGUGUUCAAACAGCUUCACGCUCAGCCAAUGAGGUUUAAUCAGCGACACAGACAGCCAAUGAAAUUUGAGGAUCCUAGCGGGAAGGAGCUGAAAGAAUUGAAUGAAAUUUUGAACAGAAUGGUCUCAAUAUAG